AGAAAAAGGCGGCGGCUAGGUAAAGAAACGGUAGCAAGAACCCGAUCAUGGAAGAAAGAAAACUAGCUAAUGUGUGUCUCUAAGCCGUUUUAGCUGGCCUCUCAGAGUGAUAAAACGAUAAAUUGUUAUUGUCCGUGGUUGAAAGAGUCAUUAGGUAGUCCUUAGCAACAUGUGUCUACGGCACGCGCUACUCCGGCGAAUAAGAAAUCAAAGAGUCAUUUGGUAGUCCUUGGCAACGUGUGGCUACGGCACGUGCUACUCCGGUGAAUAAGAAAUCGGAAUCAUACUAAUCUGGUCAUUUCCAGCCAAAAUAUGACCACCUCUCUAGAAGAUCUCUCCGACGCCAUUCUUUUCAGGUUAAAAAAAUGAUUUCUUGUGAUUUCUCCCAUCAACUCAGCAUUUUAGUCCAUUUAUCCUCGCACUCCCGUGAAAGAGAGCGUCAAGACAGUGUUUGGGGGCUCACUCAUGUUCGAUACCGGAAGAUCUUGGAGUGGCAAAAACCUUAGUCACAUAAUGCGUGUGCAUGAGCGCAAGCAAAAGCUUGAAAAUAUCUUCCUAACACACAUUAAACUUAUAAAAUUUAUGAAAGUGAGGAUUGCGAGGAUUGAAAGUGAAAAUAAAGAAUUAGAUUGGAAGUGAAAGCAAAAAAUUAGGGAUAAAACCAGAAUUUAAUAUACGAGGGGGUCAUAACAUGAAUAACUCUUACUAAUUAAAAAAACAUGAACUCUUUAUUAUGGUGUCUAAAUAGAACUGCAAUUUUGUGAACAUUACUCUCCUUAUUGAUUGAAAUAAUGUGGAUUCCAUCACAAAGUGAUGUCAUACUUUUCUGUUACCAUGUAAUAUACUUUUUGGUAAACAUGACAUUAUUUCAACUAAUAAGAAAGAAGGUAAUAUUGACCCAACAAAACUCAACCUUGUCAUAUUUUGCAUACAAAACAGUAGAGGGUCAAUAUGUAAAGGUGUAAAAGUAACCUAAAAAAAAGGAAAUGACAAUUAUGGGGUCUAACUCUUAAGUCUCGUACUCUACGUGAAUGUGUAGUGUUAGGAGGUGGGUAUGCUAUGAGCAAAAACACAGCAACGGAUAGCUGCGCGCAAUUUCACCGUCUGGAUUUUAAAAAAACUUUUUCAGGAAAACUCUUCCGUUGAAAAGUGUUUUCAAAAUCCGAAUUAUUAAUUGUCCAGACGAAUGACAUGAUGGGUCACAGCUACGUGCUACAGUAUUUGCUCACAGCAGCCUCCUGCUCGGAUCCGGCUUGGGAGCACCACCAUGUGCUGCACAAGCAAGUAAUAGGAGUAAUAAUUUGUCCUCCCUAUAAUCCCGCGUAACACGGUACAACCUGUGGUUGCCGAGCCACUGAAUAAUUUUUCAACAAUCACAUCUCUCUCUCUCCCUCUUCUUCAAGACUUCAACAAUCACAGAUCUCUCUCUCUAUCUGGAUUCAACGACAACAACAAUCAUGGCUCGGAGAAACCCCUCUCUCUCCUCCUCUUCCCUCUUCCUCUCCCUCUCCCUCCUCUCCCUCCUCUCUCUCCUCACCCACCACCUCUCUCUCUCCUCCCCCCUCCCCCACUCCCACUUCGAAGGCUUCGACGACCACGCCGUCGACGAAGACGACGACGAACAACCAUACACCCACCUCCCUCUCUCCACCCCCUCUCUCUCCCUCUCCACCGAUCCAAACCCUAACUCCGACCCCGACUCCUCCCAGCCGUCCGAUGAUCCUCCGCCCCACAAACCCUCGACCACCGCCUUCGAGUACUGGGACGAAGACGAGUUCGAAGGCCUCCCCGUCCCACAACCGCCCCCGGAAACCCCCACAAUUACCGAAAAUGCCACCGCGGCCGACUCCGGUUCGGACCUGGAAACGGAGACUAAAUCGACGUACGCGAGUAUCGCGCGGCGGUACGCGAUUGAGGUCGCGUGCGGCGCGUUCUUGAUCGCGUUCACGAUCAAUUACUUUACGGGGAAGAGAGAGAACGAGAACAUUGCCCUAGCUUGGGUGACGAGAUUCGCGGUGAGAGACUCGAUUUUCGACAAGAAUUUCAGUCUUGUUGGGGUUGGAAAGGACGAGGACUCGCCCUUGUUGUUGAAAGAAGGGCAGAACGUGUUCAAAUUCUAUGCUAGUGGGAGGAGGUUUUGCCAAGGGUUGUUGGCAACGUUGGAGUUAAAAAGCCGGCACGAUUUGAUAUCGAGGUUGUUUGAUGUUGUUGUGGGGGGUAAGGAUGAGAUCAAGAUUGAGGUUUAUAUGAAUGAUGAUGCUAUGGACCAGGUGGUUUUUGCGCUGGCGAGGAGGAGGGAGGCGAAGGCGAUGCAGAAGGAGGUUAGGGAUGUCCAGAGAUUCGGGGGUUCGGUGGGUUCGAUGCCACCGGGUAGGAAGUGGGUCGCGGAGGAUCUGGUGGUGAUUUCGGAGUUGAAGGAGGUGGCAGCUGAUUUGAUCACGGAGGCUGCAGUUGAGCAGGUCUUUGGCGACAAAGCUUUUGAGAAAUAUGGGAAGGGUUUUAUCUCAAUGCAUUUUUCUGAUCAACACGUGGGCACGCACAAGAAGAUGCUGGUGUUCAAGUUUUCCCUCCCUGAUGCGAAUCACAUGGCUGAGAUGACCCGUUUGGUUGCUCUUGUACCCUACUAUAUUGAUCUUAUAGGCCGAUACAAGCUCAGCCCACAGGCUCGCUCCAAGACUGAAGCAGCGCGACAGAAGGCUGCCCAAGAGGCAUACAAGGAACUUCAAAAUGCCAGGCAAGAAGUAAUGCAAAAAAAGAAGGUUGAACGCAGAAGGGGGGUCGAGGAAGCUGAAGCAAAGCUCAGUGCAGAGGCGAUUCGUAAGAAAGAGGCUAAAGAACGUGCUCGCCAGAUGAAGAAGGCAAUGCCAAAAGUGAAGAUGACACGUGCUGGCUAGAUUGUGUCUUAGAUUUGCAGAUGGGUUCUCAUUUCCUUGCCAGAUAUAGGUAGAUUCUGUAAGUUCAUGGCUGUGUACACUGUACCCCAUUGUAGUUGGUUUGCAACAUUACGGCACCAUUGUGGUUUUUGAACGAUAGAGCAAGCGUUUUUUGGUUAUAUCUAGAGACGGUCUUCUCAUGCGUAAUGCUCAGGAAUCAACAAUGGCACCAUGUUGAAUGUCUAAAAA